CUGCGCCGUGGCGCGCCUGCUGCGCACCCUUCGUGUGAGCGCGCAGCGAUGGGCAAAACUCCGCACGAGCUCAUGCGCGAGCAGAUGGACGAGCUGAUGGGCAAGGCCCGCGACGUGCCGCUCGAGGAGCGAGAGAAGGCGCUUCCCUCCUUCUCCGACCCGAGCAUCGACCGGUUCCACCUGUGCGGUUGCUCGCCGUACGAGCUGCUCAAGGGGACCAAGUUCGAGACGAUGCCGCAGCUGCAGCGCGACGGCUUCCUCAAGGAGCGCUCCGAGGCGCUGCGCGUGCAGUGGGAGGCGCUGCCGCAGGAGGAGAAGGACAAGUACGGGUACGAGCGCGAGCUGAUGCUGCUGCUCGAGCUGCUGGUGGACGAGCAGGACCGGCGGAUCGCAAAGGCCAAGGAGCGGUACGAGCGCGAGAACGCGCUGGUGCCGCCCAUCCCGGCCGAGACUCAGGCCGAGAUUGACCGGCUGCGCGGCGAGGUCAAGGAGCUGCAGGCGCAGUCCGAGGCGCUCGGCGAGCAGGGCGAGGUGGACGAGUCGAUGACGGCGUUCCGCAAGGCGGAGGCGCUGCAGCUGCAGCUGCAGGAGAUCGAGCGCAAGGCGCAGCCCCUCGCGGGCAAGAAGCAGUUUGUCGACGAGGUGUCCGGCCUCGUCUGGUCCUCGACCGACAACGAGUCGCGCAUCGAGGACCUGCACUCGGGCAAGAUCCGCGAGCGGCGCGACGAGCGGCGCGGCUCCGAGUCGCGGCGGAGCUACGACGACCGCGGGCGCGACCGAAGCUACGGCGACCGCGGGCGCGACCGGUACGAUGAGCGGUACGACGAUCGGCGCCGCGAGCGGCGCGAGUAUGACCGGCGGGACUACGACCGGUAUGACGACCGCCGCUACUGAGACGUGCGGCCCUCCCGCAAGCCACUGCUCUCUGGAGUCACUGCUCUCUGGAGUCACUGCUCUGGAGUGACUGCUCUGGAGUGAUUGCUCUCUCGCGGCGGAGCCUGCGCGCACCCAUGCCUGUGCGGAGGGCGGAGCGCGCUGUCCCGAGCUCUGCUGCCUCUCGCGCCACCUCUUAGGACUGCUGGGGAAGAUGUGUGUGGUGAGUCUCCCCCGCCCCCCCGCCCCCCUCCAUGCCCCACCUCCGCUUCUCAGCCAGAGGCAACCUCCACUCUUGCGCCGUCGUCGGCAACUGCUGUCAUCCGGACGUCGAGAUCGGGUGAGCGCCCUAGUCUGCAGGGCCUUUCUCACUUGUAGCUCACGCUGGGCCAGCGCGGGCCCCUCGCUCUUAUUUGCGCGCGUGGGUGGGGCGUGUGCGUGUGGGGCGUGUGGCGGCUGUGUGGCGGGGGCGUGGCCGUACCCUAGCGUGGCGUCCCCUCCUCCGCCCGUUCGCGACCCACACCGGACGAAAAAUUCCCGAGUAAGAAAA